GAUUUUCAGUCCAGACAUCAUCCAAGACAAGUAGAAGUUUAAGUCCUUCCACAGAGUGCUGUAGCUUUGAUUCCAGGCUACCGACAGGGAACAAACAGGACCCCUAUUCCCGCAAUGAAAUACUUUAGCAGAGAAGCCAGAGCUUUAGACCGCACCAAAAUUAUGGCCCCUACUUAUGAAACAUGAAAAGGCUGGACUAAAAUUAUUGCUGUACUACUAAAUAUAAAAAGGACCACAGGUCAAACUUUGCCUUUAUUCUUUUUCCUUUUUCUCGUCUCCACUUGUUUUUACCAUCUACUCCAAAAUUGAACUGCUACUAUACUAGGUGAAAAACUCUGUCCUCUCAUUUCUCUUCACCACAGCAAUAUUGGGACCUUAAAGUUAGCCUUGUCCUAAUUAUAGCCCUUCUUCAAUUUUGAUCUAUGGAGCCGUUCGGCCAUAGCAGUGAUGUCAUUCUUGAUCCAAGAAGGAAGAAGAAAUGGUUUGACAAGAAAAAAAGAGCUUGCUACAUGAUCUAUCCCAGGUCUAUGGUAAUCUUCUGGGGUGAAAGUGAAGAGUACUGGAGCUGGGAAUACUUUCAAGAAACAAGUGGGGACUAUUUCGAGAUAGCAAAACUCAAACAGGUAUGCUGGUUCGAAAUAGAAGGAAGACUGAACACUUCAGAGCUAUCUCCCAAGGUUGAUUAUGAGGCUGUUUUUGUGAUCAAGUUAUCCCAGUGGGCACACGGGUGGGAGACACCCUCGAGGCUAAAACUCACCCUCCCCGGCGGAAAAGUACAGCAACGUAGAGUUCCACUUUUGGAAGAGCCUCGAGGGGAGUGGAUUGAGAUCCGUAUCGGCAACUUCCAGAUUGAGAAGAAUGAAAGUGGUGGAGAUAUUGUUGGUAAUCUCAAGACUGCAAGUGGGUAUUGGAAGCAAGGAUUAACUCUUAAAGGUUUCAUCAUAAGACCUGCAACCUGAAAAUCCACAGACCAAAAGUGUAAACCGUAAGGGUUUCAUUAUUUCCGAAAGCAAUAAUUAGCUUUUCGUAAUUUCUGCUUCCUCUGCUUCGGUACAAUUAAGCAAAUCUCAAUGAAAUGGACAAAUACAAAAUUGAACCCU